AUGGUAGAGGAAAAGAUUGAAACUAAUUCCGUUAUAACAACAGAUAUUAGCACUGCUCCACCCGAUCUAGCUUCUACUUGUGUGACCCCUUCUGAAGACCUCAAACCUGCUAUAGCUAAUGGCUCGAACGCAGAAGGGAUAACUAGCGAAGAUCGUUCGCGCGAGAAGGGUGGGCGUGGGGAGGAUAGGGAUGACGUAUGCCGUGAUUUUUUAAAAAAUAUUUGUAAUCGUGGCUCACGUUGCAAGUUCUAUCAUCCGCCAGAAACCCAAGUGCGUAACGAUGAGACCAUCAAUUUCUGCAUUGACUACCAGAACCGUGGGUGUAUGCGAGACAACUGCCGAUUUGUUCAUGCAGCGCGCGAAGAAGUGGAGCGUUACAAGCAUACGCGCGAAGUUACUCUUCCGCUAGCUCGAGCCAUUGCUGCUGUUACCCAAGGAGAUUCUAUAGCUGGAAUUCCUGUUUGCAAGGAGUUUCAAUCUGGAAAAUGCGCACGCGGAGCUGCUCGCUGUCGCUAUUGGCAUGUUAAUAUCGAAGAGGAACGUGAUAGGAGGUUGCGUGGAUUACCACCUAGUGGUGGACCGGGUGGUAGAUUUGGAGGUCCCAUAGGCGGAAAUGGACGUUUCUGUCCCCCGGGACCAAUGUUUGGAGGGCCAGUAAUGCCAGGAAUGCGGCGACCUGGACCUGCGUUAGAUGGACCAUUUGAGAAAAGGCCAAGGAUCGAUGAUCAGCGUAUAAUGGAUUUGGAAAGGAAGAACGCAGAGCUAAUGAAAGAACUAGAAGUUUUAAAGCGCGAACUACAACGGGAACAUGAACGAUACGAAGAUUUGUAUGCUUUAUUUCGCCAACAAGGAGGUCUCAAUGUGGGGGCAGUGCCGGUCCCAACACCGCCGAUGUCAAAACCAGGGGCACCCCCUUCUGUAUAUGCGCCAUAUGGAGGAUGGAAUUCUAGUGCAAUGAGUGGAUGGCAGUGA